GUGAAAAAGGAAAAAGGACAAACAGAGCAUUGACUUAGAUUGACAAUUUGGGAAACCCUAUAUCAUCUCCUUCUCCUUCUCCUUAGCUCUCUUGUUCACUCAUCAUAGCGUCAAAGGAAUGAUCUUCGUGCAGUCUGCAGCUUUUGAUCCACGUUGAGGCGACUGAGUCGAAGCUUCUUUGCUGAUCUCUACUUGGAUUCGCUAAGGUGAGCCCUGCUUCGACUACAACUCAAGGCACUUCGUGAAGGGGAAAGGACAAGAUUUUUUCCUUGUACCGGCUAAAACAAUUUUGUGGUUAAGGUUUCCGAGCAGAUUUGGCGUGGUCCUCGAAGCUUUCUGAAUUCUCCACGAUCGAUUUUCAUAGGGGAUGAGUUGCUUCUUCUCUUGCUUCCGCGUGUAGGAGGACGACGAUCGCGCUCAGCUCCCUCGCUCCAUUCCCUACCAGAAACCCCCCCAUCAUUGUUAGUUCAACAUGGAGAGUGCUGUAUUAUUGGAGCUGGGCUUAGCUGGACAUGGAAAAAUUUCUUGACUUGAGCAAAAGACCUAAAAUACUUUCUCCUUGAUAGGUGCUUUAUCUAUUUUAUUUUAGCAUCAAGUUUUUGAUAGAUAUUAGCAUCGCCAUAUGUUGUUACAAUGACUUCAAACUUAUCUCCACAUUUGCUUCUAGGAGAAGCUAGCCUCAUCAACCUGCACGUGGUCAUUAUAUUCGGGUAGCAUCUCAAAUCGUUGUUGCACAGAGAAUUUGCACGAACCUUUGUGGAAAUGGAGGAGUCAUCUAGACAUGAUUAUGAAGUGUUUUUGAGCUUUAGAGGACUAGAUACUCGUACGGGCAUUGCUGAUCACCUUUACGUCAACAUGAUUGGUGCUGGAAUUCGGGCAUAUAGGGACAAUGAUGAGCUUUGCACCGGGGAAGAGAUCGGUGGCCAGCUUCUCAAAGCAAUCGAGCAGUCAAAGAUCUCAAUACCAAUCUUUUCUAAAGGAUAUGCUGACAGUCCAUGGUGCCUCAGGGAGUUGGUCAAGAUGGUGGAGAGGAAGAACACAAGGGGACAUAAGAUCAUGCCAAUUUUCUAUGAUGUCGCACCAUCCGAGGUAAAAUACCAGACUGAGCACUAUGACAAUGCCAUUGUUUCUCAUGCAAAAAAGAAGCGGUUUGAUGAUGAGACUAUCAACAAGUGGAAGGCUGCUCUCAAUGAAGUUGGAGCACUAAAGGGAUGGGACCUCCAAAGCAUGCCAAAUAGAGGCGAAGGUGAAUUUGUAAAAGAAGUUGUCACUAAUGUUUUGACUGAGUUGAAAGCUGCCUACUUGGAAGUAUGUGAUUGCUUAGUCGAAGUAGACAAUCAUGAGGAUGCAAUUAUGAGGAUGAUAGGUGCAUGCGACCUAGAAACAAAGAUUGUUGGAAUCCAUGGUAUCGGUGGUAUGGGAAAAACGACUCUUGCCAAAAUAGUGUACAAUCGACUUUCUAAAGAUUUUUCUUAUUGUUGCUUCCUUUCAAACAUCCGAGAAACAGAGAUUACGCGCUUGCAGAAGCAGCUCAUAUCUACCAUCUGUGGAGGUCAAUGUUCUGAUAUCAACAAUAUCAUGGAAGGGAAAAAGGAGAUCAAGCAAAGGUUACGUGAUAAAAAAGUGCUUCUUUUACUUGAUGAUGCCGAUGAAGAAAGUCAACUUGAUGCGCUCGUCCAAAAGCGUGAGUGGUUUGCCAAGGGAAGCAUGAUCAUCAUAACCACUAGAGACCGGAAAAUUCUCAAAGUGCCUACACCUAAAGAUGAGACUUACAAAAUUACGCUUGUUGAUGAGGCUUACGAACUUACUGGCAUGGAUUUUGAUCAUUCUCUUAAACUAUUUAGCAAACAUGCCUUUAGAAGAGAUUAUCCCUUAGAGCAAUAUAUCUCUCUCUCUAAUAGAGCAGUAAAUAUUUGUUGCGGUCUUCCUUUAGCUCUUGAGUUAAUAGGUUCUCUUUUAUCUGGAGAAAGAAGAGAAAACUAGGAUGCCCUAUUAAAGGAGCUAGAAAAAUCUCCUCUAGAGGGUGUUGAAAAGAGUUUGAUGAUUAGCAUAAGGGCAUUAAACGAUAAUGAACAAAGAAUAUUUCUUGAUGUUGCUUGUAUUUUCAUUGGGUAUGAUAAAAGAAUUGUGAUUCACAUGUGGGAAAGUUGUGACUACAAUCCUCAUCUAUCCCUUGGAGUACUUCAGCAAAGAUCUUUGAUAAAGAUUAGGGAAGAUAAUCGACUAUGGAUGCACGAUUUGUUAAGAGAUAUUGGAAGAAAUAUUAUCCAACAAGGAAGUGGUAUGAAACCAGAGAAGCAGCAAUGGGUGUGGACUCAUGAUCAAGCAUUGGAUAUUUUAGAGAAAAUGCAGAGUGGAGGUGGUGUUCAUGGAAUUGGGAGCAUUGAAGCAAUGUGUCUUGAGCUUACUGAACUAUCUAGAUACUCCUUGUUGAAAGAAUUCUUAGAAAGUCUUUCGAAUCUAAGGUUCCUUCAAAUGGACUUUAAGUUAAGCCCUCAACCCUCAUCAUGGUUUAUGUUUUAUCUAGUGAGUGAUUAUAUAAAAAAUAUUUCGAGGUCAAAUCUUCUUGAAUGCCUAUCUGGCCUGCUUUUCCUUCCAGAGUCGGGACUCAUCCUUCAGAAAUUGAGAUGGCUUUCAUGGAACAAUUUCCCUUACACUUUUGAAUUGUCUUAUAUUUCCAUGAGGAAGCUAGUAGUCCUUGAUUUCUCAGGGAGUAAAAUUUGGGAAACAUGGUAUGGAUGGAGCCACAUCAAGGUGGCAAAGAAUUUGAAGGUCCUAAAUCUGACCAGAUGCAACUUUCGUAAAACUCCAGAUUUGUCUUAUCAUAAGGAGUUACAGCAACUGAUUCUCGAAGGAUGUGAGUUGUUGGCUGAAAUUGAUUCGUCCAUUGGUCACCUUAAGAAGCUUGUCUUCUUAAACUUGAAGGAUUGUAAAAGUCUCCAAAAGCUACCGGACGAGAUGGGGGCAUUGGAAUCUUUGACAGAACUUCUUCUUGACUACUCUACAUCUAUAAAAGAGAUCCCUGAAUGGAGAAGGAUGAAGAAUCUGAAAAUUCUCAGCUUGGUCGGAUGUACAUCAUUGAAUAAAUUCAGUUUCAUUGGUUGCUCAACAUCAGCAAUAGAGCUCUCAUUAGUGGAUAACCAUUUCAACUCAUUGAUUGAGCUAGAUCUAUCGAGCACUGCUAUUGGGGUGUUACCAGAUUCAAUUGGGUAUAUGAAGAAAUUGAAAGUGCUAAAGCUGUGCCAGUGCCCCCUAAGAAAAAUACCCAGCGCCAUUAAAAUGUUGGAGAAGCUCGAACAGCUAGAGGCAGGAGGGGUAGGUCGACCAGAAUUGGAAGAAAUUCACAGUGAUAUUGGGAAGUUACCAAAUUUGAAAAAAUUGGUGUUUGUAGACAAUGAAAUUCCAGCGAUCCCUCAGCUUCCAGAAAGUCUGAUCACUCUAACCAUUGAGUCAUUCUUACUAAACAAAAUGCCAGACGUCUCAAACCUAUUAAAUUUGAGAAAUUUGAAUUUGAACAUAAGUUUCAAGCAUCCUUUUAAACUUGAUGCAGAUCCAAGUUCUUGGGGGAUUGAAAGAUUACGCAUGCUUGAGGUCUUGAACUUGAAGUGUUCUGAUAUCAGCACCUCAUCUUUCGAUCUUUUUCUCCUUUCUGAGCUGAAGGAACUCCAAUUUCAAUGCCGUAAUUUGCAAUGCCUACCAAGGCUUCCGAUGAAUUUGUCAUCCUUACGUAUAAGGUAUUGCAACAGAAUAAAAACAACGAAUGAUAUUUCCCAUUUGAAAGCAUUGUCACGUUUGGAAAUACGUGGUUGUAAGGAGCUAACAGAGAUUGAAGGUCUUGAAGGUUUGGAGAACCUGAGAACAUUAGAUCUCUGUUUAUUACCAUCGGUGAAGUUGCCUGAUCUAACUAGCUUGAAGAAGCUCAAGCUCAAGAAAAUUUAUCUGUGCUCUUUUCAUUCGCUGAUAGAGAUUCCAGAUUAUCCAAAUUUGUUGGAGACACCGGAGACUGGGUUCUGUCGCAGACUAGAAAAGCCCUUCCGAUCCAUCGAGCUUCAAGAAUCUAGAAGUUUUUCCAGGCGACUGAGAACCGGAUUGACCCAAUGGGUUUGGUGAUGAACAAAGUCAACGAAGAGAGGCGAGCGUCAAGUGGGCCGAGUGUCAAGCGGUGAACGGCGCAAGUGACCAGAAGCAGGGGAGGCGAGUGUCGUAUGGCAAGCGGAGAAGUUGUUUCUUUCAAUUUUGUCACGAGUCGUCAUUGCAGAAAACCUACUAGAGGAUCAUUGCCACCAGAACCUUACGAAACUUUUCUCUGCAGUUGAGAGUGUGAAGGCAAUUUGUUGCCAUCAGCCUCAAGCUUCCAAUGGUGGAGCUUCUUCAGCGCCCAGAUCAGGAAAGGUUGAUGGCAUGCACUAUACUAACAAGUUGCAUGCUUUUGUGGAAUAUGAAUCCAUCAAUGUAGCUGAGAAAAUAGUUGAAGAGCUAAAUGAUGAGGGGAACUAGAGAAGUGGCCUAAGGGUUCGUUUAAUGCGUAGACACGGUCAAAACCCUCUCAAGCACGGGGGAAGAAGGGAUAUGAUGGAGAAGAACCUUGGGAAGAAGAAGAUGCUUCUAUAUUUGAGCAACGAUUAGAGAAACAACUUGAAGAGUCUUUUGAGCAAUCUGAUGCUCACUUCCAGAGGAAUAUGGGGGAGGAGAAUGCCACCAAUAAAGAAUUCAGGCAGAGGACAGGGCAGAGUCGAGGCCGAGGUCGGGGAAGAGGACGUAGAGGAGGCCAAUACCAUCAAAAUAAUCAGGGAAAUCAUUUCGGGGCUUCUUCUUUGAAGAGUCUCACCAGUAAUGAGACUGCAAUUGUGGCGAAGCAGCCUUCGGGACCUCGCAUGCCAAAUGGAACAAGAGGAUUCGCGAUGGGUUGUGGGAAGCCAGUCUUAGUUAGUACCACAUGACCUCGUCACGUGAUAGAAUUUUCAAUUGUCACAGGGACUUAGGGAUUAGUAUUCACCAUCUUGUGUGUGGUGUUGAUGAUACCCAUGUGAGCUCAUGCCAGGGUGGGUUAAAAAAAGAUUUGUUCUAUUACCAGCUUCUCUCAUAUUUUUGGAGACGAUGGACCAAUACAGAACUACUUUAGAUUCCCUUUUC